AUGACAUCGUACCGUAUGUACUGGCACACGACAACACGCUACGACCCAAUUGCAACAGUCAUGGGACGUAAGCGAUUUGAUCAUCUGCGAACAUACAUCCAUAUGAACGACAAUACCAAUGUGAAGCAAAAGGGUGAGCCUGGAUAUGAUCCAUUGUUCAAGGUGCGACCAGUACUUGAGAAAGUUCGUGCAAACUGUUUGAAAGUUGAACCGGAAGAAAACCACUCCAUUGAUGAGCAGAUGAUCCCCUUCAAAGGAAAGAUUAGAAUGAAACAAUAUAUCAAGAACAAGCCGCAAAAAUGGGGAAUCAAGGUCUUUACUCGUGCAGGUGUCACUGGACUAGUCUAUGACUUUGAAGUGUACACUGGGAAAGGGACUGUGACCAAUGAGCGUGGACUUGGUGUUGCAGGGGAAGUUGUGCUUCGUCUCGUAUCAGAAGUUCCAAAAGGACUAAACUACAAGUGCUUCUUUGACAAUUGGUUCACUUCCCCUGAAGUCAUUGUGGAACUGAAGAAAAUGGGAAUUCUAACAGUUGCUACAAUCAAUCGUAACCGUCUUCGUGGAUGUACCCUCAAAAGUUAUAAGGAACUGUCAAAGGCUGUGCGUGGUGCGCAUGACGUGAAAUACGAAAUGACAAGUGGGAUGGCCAUCGUGAAGUGGUAUGAUAACAAGGCAGUGUUACUGGCAUCAUCCUUCAUUGGCCCUGAUCCUGUUGAUAGAUGCAGAAGGUGGUCAAAAGAGAAGAAGGAAUAUGUGGAAGUGGACAGACCCCACAUUGUCAAGAUGUACAAUAACAACAUGGGAGGAGUCGACUUGGCAGACAUGUUUGCUGCUCUCUAUCACAUUGAAAUCCGCCCACGUCGUUGGUAUCUGUGCAUCUUGAACUACUUGAUUGACCUAUCAGUGGUCAAUGGCUGGCUCCUCUACCGCCGUCAUCUCACCCAGAAGCAGGAGAAGAAGUAUAUGCCGCUUCUUGUCUUCUGUGCUCAAGUUGCAGAUGCCUUCAUCAAGGUUGGCAAACAGGCUGACUUGAACAGCAGGAAAAGAGGACGACCGUCAUUGGAAGAUGCUCCAGAACCCCAUCAAGCUGCCUCACCUCCACCUCCACUUCAGAGGAUCGUUGCGCCAUCGGUUGACGUCAGACUAGACCGAUUUGAUCAUUUUCCCAUCCAUGCUGAUAAACGUGGACGAUGCAGACUGUGCAAGACUGGUUACACGCAAAUGGCCUGCCUGAAGUGCAAAGUACUUUUGUGCUUUACAAAGGACAAAAAUUGUUUCUUGGACUACCACACGAAAAAGUGA